AUGGUCUCGCUUGCCGCCGCUCCGCGCCUUCUCGCACUCGCGCUCUUGGCUAUCCAGGUCUCUGCCAACUGCAUACACGGCACCUCCUUCUCCCGCCGCGAGGAGGGAGAGGUCAAGGUCUCCAACUUCGGCUACUCGGGCACCACCGGGCCCCUCAACUGGGCGAGCAUCGACGCCGCCAACUCUCAGUGCGCGACGAGCAAAGUUCAGUCGCCGAUCGUUAUCGACGACUCCAUCCCCUUCGCCACGGAGGCACCCAAAAUCGAGUUCAAGAACGUCGAGGAGGCCGAGUUCGAGAACCUGGGCUCAACUAUCGAGGUCAUCGCCGAGGGCAAGACCACGUUCGCUGGGAAGGACUUCACCCUUAAGCAGUUUCACUUCCACACCCCGAGCGAGCACCGCAUCAACGACGAGUACUUCCCGCUCGAAGUCCAUAUGGUCCACGAGGCGGAGGACGGCGCUAUCGCGGUGCUCGCGCUGCCCUUCCAGCUCACUGAGGACGGGAAGACGACGGACCUGAUCACGAACGUCGUCAAGAACAUCGGGGAUAUCGCCAAGCCCGGCACGCUCACCAAGACCGGGCCGCUCGACUUCACUGAGGUGACGGACAUCCUGCAGACCAAGAAGCUCUUCCAGUACACAGGCUCGCUUACCACACCGCGUGCGUAUCGUUUCGCUCUGCGCUCGCUCUUGGGCUUGGGCCUUCUCCCGCUGUGGGGGUGGCGGUGA